CGAAGCAAUUCAGCAUUAGGUUUUUACUGAACCUGCGUCCAAACUCUGAAAACCACACUCUCUGUGUCGUUCUGAGAUUUGUUCUCCGUUGGUUGGGCGACAAUGGCGAUGCGACAGCUAAGUCGGACGAAGAACGUGGCGAAGAGAUCGACGAAGAAGUACCUGGAAGAACCGCUUUAUCAUCGGCUAUUCAAAGAUGGUAGUUCGGAGGUUAGCGUUCGGCAGCAGCUGAAUCAGUUCCUCAAGAGCUCCAAAAGCGUUUUCAAAUGGGAGGUCGGCGACACCAUCAAGAAGCUCCGAAGCCACAGGCUUUAUUACCCUGCACUCAAGCUCUCCGAAGCUAUGGAAGAUAGAUGUAUGAACAAGACGGUGAGCGAUCAAGCUAUCCAUCUCGACCUUGUUGCCAAAGCUCGGGGAAUUGCUGCUGCGGAGAAUUACUUUGUCGAUCUUCCAGAGACAUCCAAAACUCAUCUUACUUAUGGAUCCCUUUUGAACUGCUAUUGCAAGGAGUUGAUGACAGACAAGGCAGAAGGCCUGCUGGACAAGAUGAAAGAGCUCAACUUCACUCUUACUUCCAUGUCUUAUAACAGCCUCAUGACCCUUUACACAAAGACCGGUCAGUCGGAGAAGGUUCCGGCAAUUAUCCAAGAAAUGAAGGCUGAGAAUAUCAUGCCGGAUUCUUACACUUACAAUGUCUGGAUGAGGGCUUUGGCUGCUACUAAGGAUAUUUCUGGUGUCGAAAGGGUCUCUGAAGAGAUGAAUAGGGAUGGAAGAGUUGCUCCAGAUUGGACUACUUACAGCAACCUGGCAACCAUAUAUGUCGAUGCCGGUUUGUCUGAGAAAGCCGAGAAGGCCCUUCAGGAACUGGAGAGAAAAAAUGAUCAUGGUGAUUUUUUGGCGUAUCAAUUUCUGAUCACUCUGUAUGGACGGCUGGGGAAAGUGACUGAAGUUUAUAGAGUAUGGCGCUCCUUGAGGCUGGCUUUUCCGAAAACCACAAAUGUUGCGUAUCUAAACACGAUACAAGUGCUGGUGAAUUUGAAAGAUUUGCCGGGGGCAGAGACGCUGUUCAAGGAAUGGCAAUCCAACUGUUCAAUUUAUGAUAUUCGAGUUGUGAAUGUGUUGAUUGGAGCUUAUGCCAGGGACGGUCUCGUUGUAAAGGCAAAAGAGAUGAAGGAUAAGGCACACAGGAGAGGAGCCAAGGCAAAUGCUAAGACCUGGGAGAUCUUCAUGGAUUACUAUAUGAAGAAUGGUGAGAUUGCUCAAGCAGUUGAAUGUAUAUCUAAGGCAGUUUCCAUCGGUAGAGGGGAUGGGAGCAAGUGGUUACCGUCGCAGGAGACGAUCGGAACAUUGAUGGGUCAUUUCGAGCAAGAGAAGGAUGUCGAUGGAGCUGAGAGUUUUGUGGAGAUUUUGAAGAAGGGAACAGAUAAUGUAGGUGUCGAAGUUUUGGAAUCAUUGAUAAGAACAUACGCGGCUGCGGGAAAGAAGAGCACAGCAAUGCGCCGUCGUCUGAAGAUGGAAAACGUGGAGGUUAGUGAAGCUACAAAGAAGCUGCUUGACGAAAUAUGCGAGGAAUGAGGUCUAAAUCUCAUCAUCCUCCACUUUUCCUAAUUCAAAAACGUUAUAUUACAGGAGAAGGGCAUUCAGACUCAUUCCAAACUGUUUUCUUUUGAUAAUAAAAUAGGCUGUCUUCUACAUUUUGUUCAAUUUUCUGUGAAUUCUUUCUGAGCAUUGGAAUGAAGCCUGGCUUUGGGUUCACAUCUGAAUAUGGAACUCUCGGACAAAACCAGAAACCAAGGACACAGAAUCUCUGUUUUUGGAAUCUUUAACAUGAGGAUUGUCUGAAAAUGUUUGGAUUUUGGUUUCAUUCGUAUACUUAAUCUUAUGUUUAUUUUAAUUUUGCA